GGUGUACGAGUUCUCGGCGCGGCUCCUGUCCGGGGAGUCGGUCGGGUUGGACCGGUAUCGGGGGAAGAUCCUUCUCAUCGAGAAUGUGGCGUCACUCUGAGGGACGACCGAGAGGGAUUACCGGCAACUCAACCAGCUGCAGGGCGACUUCCGGGACCGGAUCCAGGUCCUCGGCUUCCCCUGCAACCAGUUCGGGCACCAGGAGAACAGCUCCAACCAGGAGAUCCUGAACUCCCUGAAGUAUGUUCGGCCGGUGGCGGUUUUGAGCCGGCGUUCCCUCUCUUCGAGAAGUGUGACGUCAACGGGGAGAAGGAGCUGCCGCUGUUCACCUUCCUGAAGUCGGCUCUCCCCUCCCCCAGCGACGACCACGUCUCUCUCAUGACCGACCCCAAGAGCAUCAUCUGGUCGCCGGUUCGCCGCAACGACAUCUCUUGGAACUUCGAGAAAUUCCUGAUCGGGCCGGAUGGAGUUCCGUACAAGCGUUACAGUCGGCGCUUCGAGACCAUCAACAUCCGUCCGGACAUCGAGGAGCUGCUGAAAGCGCAGAAAUGA